CGCAGCGGUCACGCCGUGAGCAGCCCGGCCGCUCUGUCUCCUUUCCUCCUUGCAACCGCAGCCCGAGUCGCUGUUACUGAAGCGCUGUGCGGUUAAUUAAUCGCUGAUGACGCGUCCACCAUACCCCGGCACCACCUUCCCCCACACCCGCCAGGAAGGCCGCGGCUGCCGCCUUCCCCUUCCCUUGGCGCCGCCCAAGGCCGCUGCACGGGCCGGCAGGGCGAGGAGGAGGCGCGGAUGGCGGCGGGGCCGAGCGGCGGCGGGCUGCUGCCCUUCUUGCGGCUGCUGGGGCAGCUGAAGAGAGUACCGCGGACGGGAUGGGUGUACAGGAACGUGGCAAAGCCGGAGAGCGUGUCCGAUCAUAUGUACAGGAUGGCGAUGAUGGCUUUGGUGAGCGAAGACAAAAGCCUUAACAAGGACAGAUGCAUACGAUUAGCUUUGGUUCAUGAUAUGGCUGAAUGCAUUGUUGGAGAUAUUGCUCCUGCAGAUAAUAUCUCGAAAGAGGAGAAACACAGGAGAGAAGAGUCAGCUAUGCAACAACUGACCCAGCUUCUAUCAGAAGACCUUGGAAAAGAAAUCUAUGGACUCUGGGAAGAAUAUGAAAACCAGUGUACUGCAGAAGCCAAGUUUGUAAAACAGUUGGAUCAGUGUGAGAUGAUACUGCAAGCAUUUGAGUACGAAGAGUUGGAAAACACACCUGGCAGACUGCAGGAAUUUUACGAUUCAACUGCUGGAAAGUUUGUUCACCCAGAAAUCGUCCAGCUUGUAUCUCAGAUUAACACAGAAAGGAAUAAAAAAAUAGCUGCUACAUCUCAUCCACAUUCCUGACGUGUUCCUAAACACCAUAGCUAUAAUAAAUAUUUUUGUUUACA